UUGGAUUGUCCUGUCUGUACAACUGAAUUAAUGAGACACACAGACGUGCUAACAAACAGUAUAUUGUUACAGCUUGUGCUACAGUCGAUAUGUGGAGCAGCCAUCUUGGAUUUGGAGGUUGCCCAAAUCUCUGACCCCUAAAUCCAGUUAAAGAGUAGUUUCUUUCUCAUUUCUUUCAGUUGUCAGUUCAUCUGUGUCUGUAGCUGCUGUAUUUGUUUCCUUGCUUGGACUCUUAAUUGUUUUACCGUUUUUUUUCUUCUUUUUGGUGUUGACAUAAAGGCACAAACUGAAACAUCCUCCACUUCCUUUUUGACGUCCUCACACCAGCUCCUAUCUCUGCGAAAGCCGAGAGUCUGAGGUUUUAGCAUGUGAAGUAAAGCGCACUGUUCUUACAUAGAGUGUAUAGUACACUGUAAACUGCCAGCAAUCUUGUCCACUAUGGUUACAUGGAAACUGUGGCUCGCUGUACUUCUGACUUCUUGCACUGACAGUGAAGGGAUACAAGAGUAUCUUGAGAAGACCAUUGGUAAAGAACCAGAUGUCACUCCACUAUGCACCAAUAAAACUGGGAACUUUAUCACAUUAAUAAUUUGUAAGAUCAGAACUGAGGUGAACCAGGGAGAAGAGUGUCGUCUGUUGUAUCGAUACGGACAAGACUUUGUACAUGAAUGUGACUCCAGGUUCACACUAGUGAAGGAAAAACACACCAUGUUUCUACACUUGAUCAAUUUAACACCAAAGGAAAGUGGGAAUCACACCUGUGAGUGUACAUAUACUGGUGGAACACACACUCUUCAUCUCAACAUCACUGUGAAAGAAGAUGAAGAUGAAGAUGAUGAAGUCUUGGCCACAGCUACAGAUAUUCCUCUUUCUUAUGUUUAUGUUGGAGUCACUAUAUUCAUCAUAGUAAUUUGCAUCAUCCUGGGAUUUGUCUACACAAAAAGGCGCCAUGAAAGACAAACUGAACCAAUAACCAGUCAACCAAACACGAUACUGCCCAUGGAAGCAGAGGCCAUCGAGCCGUACAGCGUCUUCAUUCAGACGGAGAAUGGACUUUACACAACUGCAAGAAUACACAGUUUAAAAACAAGGACUAAUAAUGUCUCUAACACAUAAAUAAUAAUGAUUUAGAACAUUAUUUUCCAUGUAUUUAAUCAUUUAUGUGAGUUUGAUAUUUUUAAAGGAAGCAAAGUGUAGUGCAAGUAUAAAAUAAAAUGUGUGAAAAUCUGUGAUAGUUUAAUCUUCUUUAUUUCUAUCAGAGUCUGAACUGCUACUCAAACAACAACUGUUAUUUACCUACUGUGAACAGAUUGUGAGUGACGUGAGUGGGCGACGUUGGGCGUUUGAGCCUGUUUUGAAGUUCAAACACGCUUGACCUGACGCUUA